AAAAAUGAGUUUAGCAAAGAUGAAAAUGAAAAUAGUUCUAUCAAUGACGACUUUGUUUUCUGUGGCAAGAAAUCAAGAUAUUGGAAAUGUAUGUGACCAAACCUUCAGUUCAACAUCAAGUUUAUCCUCAAAGAAUGGAACAUUUACUGCUCCUGUCUUCCUUAACUCGGAAGGAUAUGUCCGUCAAUGCACCUAUAAUUUCAGGGGUCUUCCAGGGGAGAGAGUAAUGAUACAAUUUGAAGAGUUUAAUCUGAUUGGGACUCCUCCUGAGUGCUACCAUGAGCAUGUGGAUAUCUUCAGUGAGAUGGAGAACCUUGAUAAGAAGACUUUGAUAGAAACUCCAUUCGGGGGCAGAUUCUGCGGACAAAACAUUCCCAGGCUGAGAAUAUCUUUGUACAACUCUUUGGCAAUGGUUUUCCUCUCUGACAGAAAGAAUAUUACUGAAGGAAGGUUUACAGGAAUCUACGAAUUCUUCCCUGAUGAUAAAUUCAACAAAAUCGGCACAAAAGAUGCAAAAGCUGAGGGAAGAAGUAAAAUUUGCUCAUUUGAGAUUUUUGGAAAUACCGCCAAAAACGGAGAACUGUACUCUGCCACCUAUCCAGGAACCUACCCUAAGAAUCUGAAGUGUACAUACAAGUUCAUUGGUGAACCAGGAACCAGAGUCAGAUUGGAGUUCAGAGAUUUUGAUCUUUUCUACGGUGGAGCUCAUUGUCCUUUUGACCGCAUGACAAUUUAUGACGGUCCGGACAAUUUGGCGGAGAAAAUCGGUACUUAUUGCGGACAAAUGCGGAACUUGGUUAUCUACUCAACUAAGAACCUGCUCUACCUGACAUUUACAACCUUGAAACGAACUGCUCCUGUCUUUAACCGAGGGUUUUUCGGUCUUUACGAGUUCUCAGAUAAUUAUGUAAAACUAGAUUUUAUCCAGAACAUAGAUGCAGAACACAUUCGAGGAACAGAAUGUGAUCAGAAAAUUCUCAGUAAAAAGGAGAGCAAGGGACAGGUUUUCAGCCCAAACUACCCAUUUCCCUACCAGCCCUAUAUAGUCUGCAGAUACUUCAUAUACGGCAUGCAGGACAGUCAAAACUUAGAGCGAGUAGUUCUAAACUUUGAAAAGUUUGAUAUUCCAUUAAUAGGAGUUAGAAAAAAUUAUACUGAAAGAUGCCGGGAUGGUUAUGUGAAAGUGUAUAUCCAAGGACAGGAAGAGGAACAUAAUUAUGAUAAACAUGAUUACGAGUUCUGUGGUAAAACAACUCCGACAGUGAUUAACAGUACAGGACCUAGGCUUGUCAUCUUGUUCAAGGCAGGAUCUAAGCCAGGAUCAGGCUUCAAAGCAAACUACUAUUUUGAAACAGAGUACCAGGUACCUGGAACUCCAGCGCCUGAUGGAAGUUGUAUGUUUAAGUACGACAGUAAUAACAAGCUAGAGGGGAGAUUCAAUUCUCCUAGACAUCCACAAAAUUAUCCCAAUGAUAUCAACUGCACUUACAUGUUCGAAUCCACACCAAAUCAGCAGGUCAUGCUUGUGUUCGAUCAUUUCCGAGUUCGAGCAGAUAAAUUAGAAAAUAUAAGUGUUGCAAAUGCUUCCCUUGGAAACUGGAAAGCUUAUGGGCGGGAUCAAUGUUUGGAGGAUUAUGUGGAGAUCUUUACUCUGAUUAACAAAGCUGAACGCCAGCUAUUGGGCAGAUAUUGUUCUACAAGUUCUCCUGGUCCUGUGGUAUCCCCCCGGGGUACUGUUGGAUUAGAACUAUUCCUUCACACUGAUCAUGAUGCUGUAUACUCGGGGUUCAAGGGCAGGUAUAUGUACAUACAAGCGCAAAGCCCCUUCGGUGACUGCGGCGGGAAUAUAACUGAUGCUGAGAAUGGUAUUAUAAAAUCACCAAACUUCCCGGAGAAGUAUACAACCUCAAGCAAAGAUCGAGACUCUGGGAACAAAGUGUGCCAUUGGUUUGUAUACGCUAAACCUGGAUACAGGAUCCUUCUAUAUUUCAGCAACUUUGAGGUUGAAGGGAACCCAGGAGAGCGUGGAUGUCCGGCUGCAGCACUGAGAGUUUGGCCGUGGAAGGAUGUUGCUCGAACUCCAAUAGAGUUGUGUGGUGACACUUUGGACCAAUACAAGGAGAUUAUAUCUGAUGGUCAUGUCAUGAGACUUUCGUUUUAUCUGGCUCGGAAAGCAGUGGGAGCAAUGGGGUUCAAGGCUAUUUAUACAGAAGUUAAGGAAUCCAUCAGUUGUACUGGGCCUAACGAAUUCCUGUGUCGUACAUCUGGAUACUGCAUCGCAAGGAGUCUGCAGUGCAACCAUGUUAAGAACUGUGGGGCAGAAGACAACUCGGAUGAGGAGGAUUGUUUAAAAGAAACUGAAGUGAACGAGUUUAUGUUGAUAGCCCUGGGUAUGGGGAUAGCGUCAUUUGUUGCUAUUGGACUCAUUGUAUACUGUAGAAGAUACAGGAAGAAGAAAUAUAUUCAUCGUGAGCAUCCCAUGCUUCCCCCACAUGCACAUUUCCACACUUGCGAAUCUAUUGAUCAAUUUUCUCUGUGAUAAAUGAGCCAAUAUAGAGAAAUAGGGGAACGAUUUGCCAACUCCACAAGCAUGGACUCCGUAUGACUGCAGGAGGAUAAAUUGUUGGUGUUUAAGGGAUAAAUAAUCAACCUUUGCCCAGAUAAAGAGUCUGUACACGCUCAUGCUCAUUGCUCAAAAUACGACGACAUUUAUUAAAUUUUCAAAUUAGGUUUAUGGUUUAAUAGUUUGAAGAAAAAACUAGAAAAUCGCAAGAUUAGCAGGUUUUGCUGUCACUAGCUGGAAAGACCUUUAAAAACCCCGAGAAAGAAUGAGUUUUAUGAAAAAUCCUGCAUAAGGACAAAAAAUAAUCUAUAGUUGUAAAAAUCAUAUUGUUUAUAUUUAGAGAAAACACAUGUACAGUCCCUUUAUCUGUAAUCUAGAUCCUUAUGAGUUUAUUUCAGCUUACAAGGUUAAAUACAUCCCUUAAACUCAACUUAUUUAUCCAUCAAUCAAUCUAAUGUUCAACAAUACAGGGUGUCCUAACAUACAACAAGUUUUUUCUUAUCUUUCAUGAUUUUUAAAAAUAUUCCUCCAUCUCCGCUUAUAGUUAUAUCCUACGUAAAAAAAAGAAAGUUUGGACGAUUUUAACAACCGUUUUUCUUUUCACGUUUGUAAUUCAUCAAAAAGCAAAAUGUUCAAGUCGUCUUUACAUUACUCCAAGUUGGGACACUCUGUAUAAAUCUGCCUACAUCAUUUUUAUAAAUGUUUAAUCAUAAAAAUGGCUUUGUUGAUAAGACUUGUCUAAUUUUACAGCUAUACACAAAUGUACAUGAUAGGACUUUUCAUGCAGUAUUUCUCAAGUUCUCAAAAGUUCUGAUUAUAUGAAUUAUUAAAAAUUAGAAGUAAGCUAGAAAGCCUACAGACUUCAGUGUGUUCGCUCAAAAGGACACACUCAUGUCGAAGAGAAAUUGUAUUAUUGUAUGUAUAAUUGUUUUGUUUUAUAUUCUCUAGCUCAAUAUAAUGUUGAUAUCUUUUA